GUUCGUUGUUUCCUUUCGGCUUCCGUCGAAUGACGUCACCAAACGCGGAAGCUCUUUACCGACGACGUCGCUGGGCGUGUCAAAAAACAAAAAGGCAAACCACAUUUGACAGCCUCCGUUUACUGACUGCUUGAGGAAACGCGCCUGUCAACACAAUGGCAUCAUCUACCACCGUAUCCACGGCCAACACCAACUUCUGCCUGGAUUUGCUGAAAAGAUUGAGUGAUAAUGACAAAGCUGCAAAUGUCUUCUUCUCCCCCUUUAGCAUCUCCUCCGCCCUUGCCAUGGUGAUGCUGGGGUCGGGGGGCAACACAGCUGCACAAAUGUCAAAGGUUCUCCGUUUCACUGAGCCUGAGCCUCAGCCCCAGCCCCAGCCUAUGCAAAUGCAAAUGCAUCAACAGGUCCAGUCCACUCUGCCACUGUUUCUGCAGAAGGGUCUGAAAACUCAGGACCAGGAUGAUGUCCACGCCAACUUUGCCAAAGUGCUGGCUGAGCUGAACAAUCCAGGUGCACUGUAUGCCCUCAGUGUUGCCAAUAGACUGUAUGGGGAGCAGUCUUACCAGUUUGUUCAGGAUUUUCUAGCUGCAACAAGGAAGCACUACAAAGCAGAGCUGGAGACUGUGGACUUUAUCAAUAACCAUGACGCGGCCAGGGUCAAUAUCAACCAAUGGGUGGAAAAGGAGACACAAGGCAAAAUCAAGGAUGUCCUGGCCGAGGGUGUGUUGGACAGCAUGAUCAGGCUAGUGUUGGUCAAUGCCAUCUACUUUAAAGGCAACUGGAAUAAAAAAUUCAACGAGAGCGCUACACGUGACGCUCAGUUUAGGCUUAACAAGAAUGCAACCAAACCAGUGAAGAUGAUGCACCAGAAAGCCAAAUUCCCGCUCACCUUCAUCGCUGAAGUCAACUGCCAGAUCUUGGAGAUGCCUUACAAAGGGAAGGAUCUCAGCAUGCUCAUCUUUCUACCCAAUGAUAUAGAGGACGGUUCAACUGGUCUGAAUAAGAUAGAGCAGAAUCUGACCUAUAACAACUUUGUGGAGUGGACCCGUCCUGACAUGAUGGAUGAAGUGGAGGUCCAGGUUGGCUUGCCUCGAUUCAAGAUGGAGGAGAAGUAUGACAUGAAGAAUGUAUUGAUCAGCAUGGGAAUGGUGGAUGCCUUCGACGUGACAAGGAGUGAUUUUUCUGGCAUGUCACCUGGCAACGACUUGGUCUUGUCAAAAGUCUUCCACAAGGCUUUUGUAGAGGUGAACGAGGAGGGAACCGAGGCUGCCGCAGCCACUGUUUCCCUCAUGUUGUUGCGUUGUUCUUUACCAACACCCAGCUUCAUCGCCGACCACCCCUUCAUCUUCUUCAUUCGACAUAACCCAUCUAUGACUGUCCUUUUUGCAGGCCGAUAUUGCUCCCCUGUGUGAGCAUUUUAGUGCUUCAGUCCAAUGUUUCUCAUUUCUAGCAAGGUUACGCUUGCUAUCAUGAUACUUGGUCUGCACCCCUGCAGGAAUCCCCUUGUUUUUAUAAUCUUUGGCCUCCUAUAUGUGAUUCUGGGAUGCCUUUGCAUUUAUUACUCACUGCUACUUGCUGUGUGAACACGUACAUGGCAACCUGGGUAUGCUUAUCUGUUAGUCUGAGGCCUUCAAGGACUGUACUUUUCUCUGUAUACUUUGCACAUGUUCUAAAUUCAACCUUCACACAGCUUUAGGACAACAAAUGUCAUCCUCAUCACUCCAUUUAUUGUAUGUAACCAAAGAGAAUAAUGAGAUAAAGAUACAGUAGAUUGUCAGCACCUGUUUACACCCUAUCCGUAACCUGUUGUAACACCAAUUAGGAAUAUACUGUAUGCAAUAAGCACAGUAUACAAUAAUGAAUCAGAGUCAACAGAAAUAUCGACAGCUCACUGUCGACUGUUCUAUGUUGUCUAUACAUACAGUAAUAUUCUUUUAUGUAUGCAAUAAAAGUGUGUUUGAAAACACAAAUAUCAA